AUGUCGUCCCCACGGCUCUCGCCCUCUCGGACACCACCACCACCGCCGCUCGGUGCCAGCCGGCUCGGCGACUACGACGACGGCAGCUCGCUGCGCACGCCGCACUUUAUCACUCGGACCGAGGCCAUCAGAGGAGCUGCCAACCGCGUCCUGUUCUCCCAGUUCUACAUCUUCCUGUACCUCAGCAUGGCCUUGAUAUCGCUCACGACCGUCGUUCUGUCGGCCACGUCCGAGUGCCCUACGCUCGCGUUCUACAUCCUCGAGAUCGUCGUCAACACGUCCAUGAUCAUCGAGGUCCUCGUCAGGUUACUCGCGUUCGGAGCGCAAUUCUGGCAAUCGUACUGGAACGCGCUCGACCUCGCCAUCACCCUCUUCUGCGCCGUGACGCUCGUCAUCAUCUUCUUCAGCGGGUGCUCGGCCAAGGGCGAGGAGGUGUUCGACACGUUCCUCCUCGUCGUGCGCAACCUGUUUCAGUUCGGCAGGCUCGCGCUCGUCUUGCGCAAGUCCGGCAAGUCCGUCUUUACGCGCCCGGCGCCGAUCGACCUCUCGGCCGCGCGCACCUACUCGCUCGACCUCGACCUCGACGACGAGGAGGCGCUUUCGACCGAGCGCAGGGCCAUGGGCGGCGACCUCGAGGCGCAGCGCAAGCAGGCGCGCCGCACGGGCGAGCCAGAGGCGAGGGGGUUCCUGCUCGACUCGGACGAGGAGGACUAG